CGGGGAGCAAGGCCGGGUUAUAUGCAACCUGAGUUCCCAUUAUGCCUUGUUUACUUUGGAACCAAAGUACUUAGAAAGAGAGAAGAUCCAGGAACUGACUUGCUAGAUUUUUAAUUCUGUGCCUGCAUCCCUGAAGCGAUCUCCCAGGAAAAAUUCCACAGAAAUCCAAGGAACAAAUGGUAAUCAAGACCCCGCCCAACAAGGGGAAAGCUGUAGUCAAAACUUUUAUUCCGGAACUCAGCGCCAUUUCCCGCACCCUGGGCGGAGUUACCUUCUCUGCUUUGCAGUUCUACAGUGCUUGAGACCUGUGUGAAGAAAAUGAAGGUUUCUCGGAGGAGCCCAGAGCGUCUGGUCACUGUGGGACGCCUUGCAGCUUUCUGCCCAGGCAGAGUCCAGCUGGCGGUCCUGCUGCUAUCCCUGGCGCCAUCUACUUUAGGCCAGUGCAAAGUGCCACAAUGGUUUUCAUUUGCCAGAAGUAUAAGUAAAACUGAUGAAUCCAGUUUUCCCAUUGGAACAUCUUUGAUGUAUGAAUGCUACCCAGGAUAUUUCAAGAGGCAGUUCUCCAUCAUCUGCCAACAAAACUCAGAAUGGACAAGUGCUGAAGAUAUCUGUAUAAGGAAAUCAUGUAACACUCCUCAAGAUCCUCAGAAUGGCAUAGUACAUGUACACACAGACGUUCAGUUUGGAUCCAGUAUUGAUUAUAUCUGUAAUCCAGGAUAUUACCUCAUUGGUCCCUCCUCUGCUGUAUGUAUAAUCUCAGAUCAAACUGUUGCUUGGGAUAAUGAGGCACCUGUUUGUCAGAUAAUUUCUUGUGAGAGACCCCCCUCCAUUGCCAAUGGAGAUUUCAUUUCUACCACAGAAGAUUUUCAUUAUGGAAUGGUGGUUACCUAUCACUGCAGAUCUGAUGCAAGAGGGGAGAAGCUCUUUAACCUGGUGGGUGAGGCAUCCUUAAACUGUACCAGCAAUGAUGGAAAAGUUGGAGUUUGGAGUGGCCCUCCUCCUCAGUGCAUGGAAAUCAAGAAAUGUACACCUCCUCAUGUUGAAAAUGCAUUCAUAGUGUCUGAAAACAGAAGCUCGUUUUCCUUAAGGGAUACUGUGGAGUUUAGAUGUCAGCCUGGCUUUCACAUGGCGGGAGCCAGCAGAGUGCGUUGUCAUGACCUAAACAAAUGGGAACCAGGAUUACCAACCUGUUUCAAGGAAGUGAUAUGUAGCCUCCCAGAGUAUAUGAGUGGAGUCCGGAAAGAGUUGAAAAUGAAAGAAUAUUACUAUGGAAAUAAUAUAACUUUGGAAUGUGAGGAUGGGUAUACCCUAGAAGGCAGUUCUCAGAGCCAGUGCCAGUCAGAUGCUAGCUGGGAUCCUCCUCUGGCCAAAUGUGUAUCUGUACAGUGAAAAAUACCAUCCAGUCCUAUGAACACCAGUCAAUAAGAACGAAGCUUCUAGUUGGGAACUGCUGGGGACGGCAUAUGAGAUCGGUGAUGUGCUGCUAGCAGAGAUUGGAGAAAAGGAGACCCGAGAUUGUAGACUAUCAACACUUCAUGUGUUCCCCUCCGUAUCUUCUGCUUAGCAUGCCUCUAGAGGGCCAAGGCAGAAAUGCCUACAUGUCCCAAGAUCAUGCUUUAUGGCAUGUACAUGUCAUGACCUCCUCCAUACAAAUAUUUCUUGUAAUACUAGUCUUCUUCUUCUAUCUGAUCUUCAUGUUC